CCGACCUUUGGUUUUAUUGGGAAUGCGCAAGAGAAUUGGUAAUGGUAAAACGACGGCGAUUUUGGGAGAGCCGUGGUUAAUGGAGGACGGGAACCUCAACGUCUUUACUCGACGCUCAAUGCAAUCUGCAUUUCCAAAUCUAGUGGUGGAUCUUAUAAAUCAAGACUCGAAUAGUUGGAAUGUUGACCUCAUCGACCAAUAUUUUUGGCCAGUGGAUCAAGAUAGGAUUCUUCACGUCCCUAUUGGUAGUGGAUUGAUCGAGGAUAGUUGGGUGUGGCAUUACUCGGCUAAUGGGAACUUUACGGUCCGCUCGUGCUAUCUCAAUGCUCUCAAUAGAAGGUUGGAGCCAAGGGCUUCGCAGCGACGAGCGGGUGGCGAUGGAAGCGGGGAAGUGGCAGAGGACUGGAAGAUGGUUUGGAAGUUGAAGCUCCCCCCAAAAAUUAAAAACUUCGUAUGGCGCGCUUGUGCAGAAAUUACGCCAACGGGUGCUGAGUUAUUUCGGCGAAGAAUUACUCCGACCCCUGAGUGGGCGAGGUGUGGAAGCCGAAUAGAGACAAUGGUGCAUACAACAUAUGAGUGUAGUGGAAUGUCCCGAAUUUGGCAGCCCCCCCAUUUAAUCUCCAACCUUUCUCUCGUUUGGAGUCCUUUUGGGGCUGGAUUAAAUUUAUUCGGCGGAACUUGGACGACCAUUUAUUCCAUUUGGCGAUUGUUAUUGCAUGGAAGAGCUGGCAGCUACGUAACAACCAUUUGCAUGGGCAUGACGACAUCCAUGUUACGGAGUUGCUGA